AUGAAGUGUGCUAAGCUUGAACUGCAAGAUAGAACCAAAAUAAGCACGAAAGAAGUAACGAAUGAAAGGCCGCGACGAUUCUGUGAGAGACGAUUAGUCGACCCCAACCACCAGGAAGAUAUCACAUGGAAAAAUAAUCUUGAAAGGUUCUACUAUAAUGGAAUUGAAAACGACGACUUCUGUCAAGCUUACAUCAGCGGUCGACAAAAGAAUGCAGAAGACUUAUUUCUCUCCGUACAGAACUUACAGUUUCAAGGAGAAACCCGGCAAGGAAAGAGACUCCGAACUAGUUUUAAAUACAAAACUUUACCCCACCGUCGACACCGUAUGUUUGUCAAAGAACUCGUCGAGGAUAAUUGUAAUGAGAGCGGCCGCUUUUCCGAACUCACUUGUUAUUAUUACGACGAUUACGCGAAAUACUUAUUAAGUAAUGACCGGUCAAGACCGUCGUCCGGAAAGUCUAGCUCCAUUCUAUACAACUUCGUUAACAACCCAAAAGACACUGGCCAACCAGAUAAAGGCAAAAAGUGUUCUAAGACAAUAAAAACAAAGUUGAAUUUAAAGAAAGCAACUGACAACGUCAAUGUGGAUGUGGAAAACAAAGACAAAGUAGAGAACAAUAACGCAAGCGACACGAAAGUAGCAUAUCGCAAAAGCGGUAAGAGAAAAAGCUUGACGAUUUCAAGAACUGAGAGUCCAGCCACUCUGCAAGUGAUAAGGGUGGAUGUUGUAUGUAACUACAGCAAUAGCUCGUCCAUGUCCGAGUACGAAGAUAAAAAGCCAACGAAAACCAAUGAUGAACUGAAAGAUAAAAAUAAUGGUAUCGCAAAGGGAAGGCAGUCACAUUUCGCGAAUAAAUAUCUUUUGACGAAUUCAGUUAAGACGCUUGAUGAGAAAGCGGGCGGGGCGCGAGUAACAUUACUUUGUAAGACUUUUAAGUUGGCGGACCGGUCGAGAAUAUUUGCAGAAAGUAAAGCGAAGCCUUUGAGAAUGAAACCUUAG